AUGCCACAACGAGGGGACACCAACUAUGAUAAACUUCAUAAGCUGCGUCCUUUCCUAGAAAGAAUUUCACAUAACUUUCAGAAAGCACUUAAUCCAAAUGAAUGUAUGGCAGUGGACGAAUCUACGAUUAAAUUUAAAGGAAGAUCUUCUAUAAAACAGUACUUGCCAAGGAAGCCUACCAAGAGAGGCUACAAGGUGUGGGUACUAGCAGACAAAUCUGGCUAUGCAUGGACAUUGGAUAUUUACACAGGAAAGAAUGAUAAUGCUGUGAAAAAGAAAUUGGGAGAAAGAGUUGUGAAAGACUUCAGUGAAAAUAUUAAAGGUAAGGAUCACAGAGUUCACUUUGAUAAUUAUUUCAGUAGUCCAGAUCUCCUUCGAGAUUUGAAAGACAACAAAAUACAUGCUUGUGGUACAGUGAAUCCAAGUAGAAAAUCUUUACCUAUGCUGAAAAGUGACAAGGAAAUGAAAAGGGAUGACUAUGAUUGGGCUACUAGCAAUACAGGCCUUAGUGUGAUGAAGUGGAAAGAUAAAAGAUCCGUCCAUUUGCUUUCAAAUUUCCAUGAUCCAACUCAAAGAACAGAGGUUACAAGAAAGAAAAAAGAUGGAAAUGAAAUGAAAGUUUCUUGCCACAUUGCUCUCUCUGAUUACAAUGCCAACGUGAAUUGUGUAGAUAAAUUUGACCAGCUGAAGGGCGUAUAUGAAACUGACAGAAAGAGCAGAAAGUGGUGGCACAGAAUAUUUUGGUACUUUAUUGAUGCCACCGUGGUGAAUGCUUUAGAAAUGAAGUUGCCUAAGAUGACUCUGAAGGACUUCAGAAGAGAAAUCGCAAGGGAUUUAGUGACACCUGCCUUGGUAGCUUUAAGAGGUAAAAAGCGGAGUCUGAGCAGCCAUCUCAGGUUCAACAAGAAAAAACCCAAUGUUCCGAAAUCUGUGCGUCUUGAAAGUUCAUCUCAUCAGCCAGAAAGACCUACAAGGAGGAGCUGUGCAGCAUGUAGUUCCAAGAAACAACAAAUUCGCACUGACUGGAUGUGUAGUGUGUGUAAGGUUCCUCUAUGCUUAGGGAAAAGGAAGACAUGCUUCCAAGACUAUCAUGCAUCGUGA